GUCAUAGAAACCAUUUGUCCACACAGGCACAAAUCCCAUUUACUGGUAGAAGAGCAUGGAAAGCUGAGAGGGGAGGCAACACCUUGAGUCUGGCAGGAUCAAAGCUGCUCAUCUAACAGAAGAACACUCUAUGGCCCUGGUUGCAAUUCUACCUUAACACACCAAAGAUGACUCAAGAAAUCGACUGGUUACGCAGUGGGGCAGCUGUAUGUAAAGUAAACCACUACAGCCCUGAAGGACAGAAGGACCAGGACCGUAAAAUGAUAUGCUUCGUUGAUGUCUGCAGCCUAAACGUAAAGGAUAAAGAUCGGAGAGGAUUUAAUGAACUUGAUCUGGGCAGUUUGGAGGAGAAAGAAGUUAUUGUAAUAAAAGACAAUGAGAAAAACAACCCCAAUAAUACUGAAGGUGCCGUCUGCCUUUUCAAGCAAGGCUCCACUGAAGAGCUCAACAUUGUGAGUUGGCUAAGCAAUGACCUUCAGAAAUAUGCCAUUGGAUUUCAACAUGCACUGUCACCUGCAACUGGCUCUCGUAAAACUAAUGCCUACACCCUUGCAUCUGAAAAGUUGCCUUCAAGUAGCUCCAGUGGUCAAAGAGUAAGCCAAGAAAGUGGUACUUCCAGCUAUGUCACUAAACUUUGCUCCCUGGUGGUUCAAAAGGCACGUCAGGAAAUCCAGAAUAAACUGGAAAGUAGCAGCAGCAAGACCACACGCCAUCCUGUGCCCAGUUCUGAAAAAGUUCCAACAACAGGGUCUUAUGAUGGUGGUUCAGAAAAGCCUUGGUCAUUGGAUGUGCAUGCAAAAGACAUUUUUGGAAUGGCAUUAAAACUGAUACAGCAACACCUAAUAGAAAAAACAAAGGAAGCAUCUCAUGAGCCACAUGCCACUUCCUCUAGCUAUGCACAUAGGGAUUCUAAUUAUGACCGGCCUGGAGGAAGCCCAUCUUCCAAAUGUCCUCCAGGGACAGGUGGGCUGCAAGAGCCUUCUCGGCAUGAAUCGCCAAAGGCAAGUAUAUCUGGUAUCAUCUUGUCACUUGUUCAGAAAGUCUUGCGUGAUGCUGCUUCCAAUCUGGAUGACAGUGCCAGUGAUGCAAACAGGGCUUAUAAGCAGGCCUCCACUUCAUAAAUCAGGCUCAGGAGCAAAAGGGCCCUAUUAAAACAGACUAAUGGAGCACUGGAUAUGUAUGGCAAUAUCGAUCAGAUAAGCAAACAAUUUAUUGACCAGUUGAUGUAAUCUGUGAUGAAGUUGAGUCAGUUUGUGGCAA